CUUAUUGCGUCUUAAUAAAAUUCUCGCCUCAGUCGUGAGCAUGACGUGUACAGGUGACCAGUGAGCAUGAACAGUCAAAGUCAAAAGUUAAAACAUUUAUUCCAUUUAAACCAAUAAUUACUUUUGAAAUGAACGGGGCCUUAUGCAUAGGGCUUCCACUUUCGACCUUAUUCUUGUCCAGUAAUAAAAUCUGAAAUCUUUGUAUGGUUGUCGCAUUUUUACUUUAUAAACUCUCUGUAAAUCACCCUCCAUGGAAUACACAGGGUGUCCCAUAAUCAUUUGUCUAUUGAUACCCAGUUACCUACAGUACACUAAUGCCCGGUUCCUAUAAUUGAGAAACGAUCCGUUUUAGUUACGAAUAGUAGUUUUAUAUACGAGGCGUAAGCUUAAACCGUUCCUAUAAAAAACGUCUCGUCGCGCAACUUACUGACGGCUUGUAACUAACGGAUGGGAGGGCACCGGUAAGCGUAAAGUAUAGAGAUGACAGUCCAUGGCGUUCCUAUAAAUAUUUUAACCGUCCGUAGAUUGUCAAGAUGAUUAUUCGUAAUGUCACUUGGUUACCAGCCGAUGUCGGUCGGUUAGAGUAGAAUUUAGAAAGAAACUUCACCGUUUUCCUUGUAAAUUUUAAAAUGUCCAGUUCAGAGAGUGAUAGAGAAGCGUUUGAUAUUCUAUCACACAUCAAUGAAAGUGAUUCAGACGAAGAUAACAGGCGUAGCAGAACAUAUAAAGAAAGAGUAAACUAUUUAGCGUCGCUGGAUUCAUACGAAUUUCAAGUGAGAUUUCGACUCGACAAAGCGUCUACUGAAGAGUUACUUCUUGAAAUUCAUCCGCAUAUAAAAGUAACAGGAUCCAGGAAUCAUGGGAUUUCUCCACUACAUCAGCUAUUGCUGACCUUAAGAUUUUAUGCUUUAGGAACGAUGUUGUUGUCAGUGGCAGAUUUUGUGGGUGUGUCAAAAACGUCGGUAUGUCGUAUUGUGCUUGAUAUUAGUUUUGAUAUCGCUAAACUUUAUAGCAAAUAUAUUUUCAUGCACACUGACACAGAACACGAGUUUUAUAAUAUAGCUCGGUUCCCACGUGUUCUUGGUGCAAUUGAUGGUACACACAUCAGAAUACAAUCACCAUGUUCUCAGGUUGGUGAAGAAUUUAGAAACCGAAAAGGUUACUUUUCUCUUAAUGUGCAAGCAGUAUGUAAUGCCAAUCUGCUUUUCAUGAAUGUGGUGGCUCGUUGGCCUGGCUCUGCUCAUGAUGCCACUAUAUUUAACGCUUCCGAACUGCGUGCACAAUGUGAAAGUGGAUUAUUUGGCAACAGAUGGUUACUGGGAGAUAGUGCAUAUCCUCUGAAGCCUUACCUUUUACCACCACUACUAAACCCGCAAACACAAGGCCAAAUUUUGUACAACGAAGCGCAUAUCCGAACAAGAAAUUGCAUUGAAAGAUGUUUCGGGGUAUGGAAGCGACGAUUUCCUGUUGUGGGUUUGACUUUGCGCCUGAGUCUCUUACGAGCUCACUCAGUAAUAAUAGCUACAGCAGUGCUGCAUAAUAUUUGUCGCUCAAAGAGUUUAGCAGAUGUACCUCCGGAGAUGGAACUUCCAAAUGCAGAGGCAGUGCCUGUUGCCAGUAAUGCUGAGGAGAUGAGUAAUUAUAUGGAAAGAGACUUAUUGAUUACAGAAUAUUUCAAUAAGUGAGUAUUACUUAAAAAAAAU